AUGUCGUUGGCAGCCAAGAUUGUCCAAGCAGCAGCUCCACGGAUCCCUCGUCCUCGCAAAGCUGUUCUCACUCUUACGCCCGCUGCGGUCACUCGUCUGCGUACCCUGACAGACGGACCGGAGCCGAAGGUCGUCCGUGUCGGAAUCCGCACCAAGGGUUGUUCUGGCCAGCAAUACGAUCUCCAGUACACCACCAAGAAGGAGAAGUUCGAUGAGGAAAUCAAGCAGGAUGGUGUAACGGUGCUUGUGGACAACAAGGCAUUGCUCUCAGUGCUUGGAUCAGAGAUGGACUAUGUCGAGGACAAGCUGUCAGCUCAAUUUGUCUUCAACAAUCCCAACGUUAAGGAGUCGUGCGGAUGCGGCAUGAGUUUCAUGACGUAG